GUGGAAAAUAAAGCAACAGGAGUAAACUACAGAACCAUUGCAGACUAUAUGAUUGCAGCAGAUGGUGCAAAUAGUCUGGUGAGAAAGCAGUUGAAUAUUCCAGUAUCAGGCAACGAUUCCUGGACGGAUUUGCUGAACAUAUAUUUUGAAGCUGAUUUAGAGCUUUUAGUAAAAGGAAGGGAGUUUAGCCUGUUUCUGAUCGAC